AUGACACGCGGUGGUGAGCUGGUCGAGCCUGAAAAGCGGCGCAGCGUCCGGCGCGCGUGUCCGGCGUCCGGCGUGCCUCGUCCGGCGUCCGGCGCGGCGUGUCCGGCGGCCGGUGCCGUGGGCGGCCGCUGUGGGCGUGCAGGCGCUGCACCGCCCCGCCCCCCGCGCCCCACGCUGUUUAUUCUCGGCCCGACUGGCGGGGCGCCAGUCGCCCGCGUGACGCGCAACGGUACGCACGCGUGCGUCAGAUGCAAAACACAAAUCAAAACACUGAGAAAAAAUAUUUUUAAGAACGUUCCAACAUUUCAAACCAAGUACUUAAUGAGAAGCACGCGUCGAGAAAACUACAACCGAAAAAGAGAUUUCGUUCAAGCACCGGUAGUGUUCGGCGCGAAAGUGGCGGCCGCGGUGGGCGCGCGCUUGGAAUGCGCGGGAGUGGACACGUUUAGUACGCGCGCACGCCCCGACACAGUGCCGCCCUCAGAACACCCGGCCAUGGCGACCGAGACUGGCGGCGCCGCGGCCGGCGGCGAGCAGCAGUACUCGCUGAGGUGGAACGACUUCCACUCGGCGAUGGUGUCCUCCUUCAGGCGCCUGCGCGACGAAGAAGACUUCGUCGAUGUCACGCUAGCCUGCGCCGGCGCCACCUUCACAGCACACAAGGUGGUGUUAUCAGCAUGUAGUCCGUACUUCAGAAAACUGUUGAAAGCGAACCCUUGCCAGCACCCCAUCGUCAUCCUUAGGGAUGUUCAUGACAAAGAUAUGGAGAGCUUACUAAGGUUUAUGUAUCAAGGCGAAGUACAUAUUGGGCAGGAACAGUUAAAAGAAUUCCUAAGAGCCGCUCAGUUAUUGCAAGUGAGAGGACUAACAGACGUGCCUGCGCCUGCGCCAGUACCUACUCUGGAUCAGAAGGCUUCGCCGCAAUCUGUAUCGUCUUGGACGGAGACCGGUAGCGGAGGCUCACGAGAAGGACGAGAUCCCCAACAGCGCGAAGGCAGAAGAUCACGAAGACCUGAAGAGGGUUCGAACAACACCCCGCCUCCUAAGCGUGCCAGAUCGUCGGACUUAUAUCAAGCGCAAAUGAAAACCAGGACGGAACAACUACUAGCAGCCACGGGCGGUAGUCCGGAGCGAUUAGGAACCAAUGGCCACGAACUGUCAUUAUUCAGUCAAGCUUUAGACGGUGCACAAGGAGUACACAUGACUGGAGUUUCCAAUAAUUUGUCAGGAGACGGUGAGGAGUCUUCAUCGGACGCGGGAGUAAGUGACACAGAAACGGAGCCGCGCGCGAAACAAGAGCCGUUGGACUACGACGACCCGGCGACAAUGGCCAACACCAACGGCGCACUGCCCCACAGCUUCCCAGGACUACUCAACCUGCCAGGUUUCCCGGGACUGCCGGGACCUUCAGGAAUGCCUGAUAACUAUGGUGGUUGCCGAAGGACGCAGGACCUACUCCGUGUGCGAGCUACCGAUCCGAGGCCGUGUCCCAAGUGCGGCAAGAUCUACCGCUCAGCUCACACGCUCCGCACGCAUCUUGAAGACAAGCACACCGUAUGCCCUGGGUAUCGCUGCGUGUUGUGUGGCACAGUGGCAAAGUCGCGCAACUCCUUACACUCACACAUGUCCCGACAACACAGAGGAAUCUCCACCAAGGACCUGCCCGUGCUACAGAUGCCCACGCGAUUCGACCCCGAGCUGGCCAGUCAAUUACUAGCGAAAGCAGGAGUAAAAGUUUCACCAGAACAGUUGAGGUCUCGCGCUUCGCCAACCGGACCAAGGCGGUCGGAUAUAAAGCUGGACGCAAAGUCUGCAGCCUCAGAGAGCAGCUCAAUAUGCGGAGACAACGACAACGACGACCUUAGCCAGUCCCGCUAUCAGGACAACGUGCCGGUAUCGCCUCCACAUAUAAACAACCUGGCGAACACAACGAUCACCAAGGUGCCGGCGGUGCGCGCGGUAACUGCUAAGGCAGUGGAGAGCCUGCCGCAUUCGCUGACAGCACUCAAGCAUGACGACUAUCCACCGCCCUACGGCAACUCUGCCAUACUCGACACCUAUAUGCAGUACUUCGGGGAGAACCUGUUCGGUCUGAACGCUGCACAACUCGCACAAAUGACAGCUCGAAACAUGGACAGGAAGACGUACGACGAGCCUUCGCCGCAAAUGGGAUCACUUCCGCCUACGCACACGCACACGCUCGCACACCAGCGCUUCCUCAAGCAGAUGCAGCGGCAGUACAGCGACGGCGUCAAUAAACCUGACAUCACGCGCAACUCCGACGAACCUUUAGACUUGGGCAAAGAGAGGCAACGCACUGACAGCCUCGGAGACCCCGAACCUGAGAGAGGCGACCACGCAGACAAGGACAGCAACACGAAAGAGUUCAACGACCCCAUCCGUAAAAGCGCCGUCAGCCCCGAAGACCGCGACCACAGCGGCCACGACGACGCCGACUACUCCGAGGACGAACACAAGAACGCCUCAUGA